AGUAGAACAUAAAAUCAAGGUUAAAGUGGUGCUAAGUGGUGCUAGUAAUAUCAGAAUAGAGCAGCCUGUAAUUGUGAGCAAUGCUAUGCCAGCAGAAUUGCAUCAUCAGUUGCUACAUACGGGAAAUUUAAUUUUAACGAAAAAUUGA